AUGUGGCGAUUGUUGAUAUUCUUGGCCUGCCUGCUACCUGGCCACCAUGUGCUGGGGGUUUUUCUUGAGGAGUGCAAAGGUGUGAUAAUUAAUAAGGUUACGAAUGAGAACCAGGAGUGCAGCGAGUUCGUCCACUGCGAUGGAGAUAAUUCCUACUACUGCAAUGGGGAUUGUCGAGAGGCCGUCGAGUGUUACAUAGAAGAACUCACUACAAAGGCUCCUGCACCAGUUACCACCAUAAAACCCAUAGUAACGACUACUGUGAAGCCCCCUUCCGAAGAACCUCCUUCUCCGGCAAACACAACCUCUACAACAACCUCCACAUCGAUGGCACCAGCCACAACUACCACUUCGGUUCCCAAUUCCGACGAUAUCCGCGUGAUCUGCAAGACGAGUGGAAAAAAUGGGGUAUAUCCCUACCCGGCAAAUAGCAAUUACUACUAUCAAUGUAUUUCCGGCUAUCUUCUUCUGCAGCAAUGCCCCCAGAAUUUCCAUUUCGAAGCUUCGCAAGGACAGUGUAUUUCCACCAAACCAUAUCGUUCAUCGGGCUUACAUUUGUAAGAUUCAUCGCUGAGUCUGUAAUAAAGUUAUUAUCAA